UACCGUAAACCCGAAAAGCAGUUUUCCCCUCGGCAUUCGGCACCUGUGGAUCCCGUUUCCUGACUGUGCAGGUGUGACUGCCAGAGUGUCAGGCCCUGGAACCCGAUGGAGCCCACUGACCACAGGGAGCUGGAGAGGUUACAGCACUUCCAGCCGGACGACUUUGAGGCCGACUGGACGAAGGUAGCGGACGGAACUUUGGGGCGAGUCUACAAAGUGAAACUGAAACUGUGGAGGGAGACGUUUGCCAUGAAACAGUCCUCCAAUUCCACCUCCAGUAACAGGAUCUGCAGGAGAAUGGUAGAGGAAGCUUCAAAAAUGGAGAAAGUGAAAUUCAGCCAUAUUGUCUCCAUCUACGGCGUGUGCAGCGACCCCCCCGCCGUAGUGAUGGAAUUCAUGAGCAAUGGCUCCCUGAACACCCUCCUCCACAGCCACGUCCUCAUGUGGCCCAAGAAGUUCCAGAUGAUCCAUGAGGUGACCAUGGGCAUGAAUUACCUGCACAGCAUGAAGCCUGAGCUGCUCCACCUCAACUUGAAGCCUUCAAACGUCCUCCUGGAUGAUCAUCUGCACGCCAAGAUUUCAGACUUCGGAUUAGUGAAAUGGGAGGACUUUUCCAGUAGUAUGGACUUCAUCGAGCACAUGUCCAUGCGGGGAAACACGUGUUACAUCCCGCCGGAAAUAUUCACUCAAAGUCCCGAGGCCCCUGGACCCCAAUACGACGUUUACAGCUUUGCCAUUGUGAUCUGGGAGAUUUUGACUCAGAAGAAGCCUUACCCAGGGGUCGGAAACAUGAUGCCGGUGAUCAUGAAGGUGACGUCAGGCAAGAGGCCGAGUGUGGAGGUGAUCCCCGAGGACAAGCCCCAGGAGUGUGAGGAGAUGAUCGACAUCAUGAGAUGCUGCUGGAAGCAGGAGGUCGCAGACAGGCCACCCUUCUCAGCUAUCGUCAGAGACACAGAAUCCCUAAGCGAGGUCCUCAAAAUCUCCGACGUGAUUCGGGCGUGUGGAGAGUCGCAGAAGACCCACAGGCGGACUAGCGUGAUUCUGUCCAUCUUUAAUCGCGAAACCAAGCCGGAAUCGACCUCGGCCGCAGGCACGGCGGAUGGCGCUGAUGAUGUCGCCGGCCUCCUCUUACGGAAGGACUUGGAGAGGUUCAAGUCUGUAUUACAGAAGGAGCAGGUGUCGGCUGUGUACACGGGUGGGAACAGCCUCCUGCACUACGCAGCGGCCAGCGGGGACGCAGCAAGCGUCAGGCUUGUGCUGGAGCUGGGUGCCGCGGUGGACACCCGGAGCGAGCAGAGCUACACGCCCCUGAUCAUCGCCGUCCUGCACAAGUCUCUUGAUGUCUGCUCCGUGUUGCUGGACUGCGGCGCCGACCCCAACCUGUCCGACGCCGAUGGCUGGACGGCGCUCCACUUCGUGGCGCAGAACGGCGACGACCGCACCGCCCGGCUGCUCCUGGACCGCGGCGCGGCGCCGGACCCCGCCGAGAAGGAGGGCUGGACACCGCUGCACCUGGCCGCGCAGAACGGGCACGAGAGCAUGGUGCGCCUCCUCCUGCCACGCGUGGCCUCCGCCGACCGAGCCACCGGCAACGGCAGGACCGCGCUGCACCUGGCGGCCAGGUACGGCCACAUGGGUAUCACGCGGCUGCUGCUGGGCCAGGGGGCCGACCCAAACCGCAGGGAUGGGCCACAGGGCAGUGCGUUGUAUCUAGCUGCGGAUGGGGGCCACUUCCGCGUGGCCCGGCUGCUCAUCGGCGCUGGGGCAGACGUCAACCUGACGGACAGCCGCUGCUUUAGCGCCCUACACUUGGCGGCCCUCAAGGGCCACACGGGCAUCUGCAGACUCCUGCUGGGAAAUGGAGCGCACGCCAACGCCAGAACUUCCCAGGGCUGGACACCGCUGCACUUGGCGGCCCUUAAGGGCCACCCUGUUCCCAUCCCACUCCUAGAGGAGCAUGGGGCCUCCCUAGAUGCUCAAGGAGACAGUGACAGGACUGCCCUGCACUUGGCCUGCUGCUACAGCCACGAGGAGGUGGUGGCCGCAUUACUGACCGCGGGGGCCAACCCCAACCUGCUGGACAAACGCGGCUGGAGCCCCCUGCACCUGGCCAGCAGUGGGGGCAGCUUCCCCUGUGUGCUGCAGCUGCUGUCGCACCAAGCCCAUGUCAACGCGCAGAAUGCCAGCCAGGCCACGGCACUGCACCUUGCCUCUGCCGUGGGCAACGUUCCCAUAGUGCAAGCUCUGCUGCUCAAUGGGGCCAGGAGGGACAUGAGGGAUGCUAAAGGAUACACCCCCAAAGAGCUGGCCCACAGCAACCAGAAAGAGGAAGUGAUUCAGCUGUUGGAGGAAUAGCGGCUAAGAGCUAGCAGGGGCUGCUCAAGCACCGUAACAUCUCUGGUGACCAUAAGGUCACAGGGUGAAGGUUCCUCUCUCUUUCAGCAACUAAAAGACCUCUAGAGGAGAACUAUCAACACAUACGAUAAUUAGACUAGAUUACUAACUUGUAGUGUUUGAUAUUAUUAUAAGAUACAGCUUCCACUGAUAGUCUGUUUGCACAGCAUCUCUGAGCUUUGCAAUGGUUUGUAGACCCAUGAAUAUGAUGUCUAAGAGGACCAGCUGGACAUGAAAGAAAGUUCUAGAACUGAGGGUAGGGGAUUGAUAUGUGCACAAGUCUACAUUCUGUUCUGGAAAUGCCUCAUUAAACCACGUUGUCCUUACCCUUUCAUGAGAAAGUGGGAGACUGCAUAUACUGUAUCAGAAUAUAUAGAUGUAAUUAAUUUCUGGUGCAGUAAGCUGGGCCUGUGUGUAAGAAAGAAAGCCAACCAUACUGCUUCUGUAUGUAUUUCCAUGACCUCGGUGUUCUUACACAGCUGUUAAUCAUGCAUGCAUUCAGCCCAAAACUGGAUUCAAAGUCUAGUAUUCUAUCGUGUCCUGGCUUCUGAGCCCCUGCUUGUGUUCCAGUAUGUUCCGAAAGCCAGCCUCAGACGGACAGGCACACCAGUCCUGCAUUCCGGUGCUUUUGUGCUCAUGUUCAAAGCUGUUUAGCGGGCUGCAGCUAAGCCCAGUUUCUUUUCUUGAAUAUUAAAAUUUGUUCCAGAGAGAAACUGAAUAUAAUCCCCCUUCCGGGGAACACCGUCAUUGUGGUGUACAACGAUGGACAUUGAAAGAUCCCUUAAUCUCUCUCCCAAACACAAAGUUCACAAAAGAGGGUGGCCCUGUUUUGGGUCAUGUACUCACCGGAAGCCUGUGCUGGAGAUGCUGGACCUGUAUCUUUUUUGUUAUAAAAAUGAUUUGGAUCAUUUUCAUUAGCUGCUCUUCACAAGCAGACCUAGCACUGUCACAGAACCAUCAAUCAAUCACACCACCUUGACUGCUGUGGUCUGCUAAUUUGAGUGGAGAGACAGGGGCUAUGAUAAGGGCUGGAGGAAGCCUGGGACGAGGUCUAAAGAGAAGAAUGUUUCUGAUGUGUCGGGUUACCCUGUUGGAUGUACAGUCUAAUUUUUGUAAUACUUAUAAUGUUCGUGCUGAGAUGUUGUGCAGACUGUUAGAGACUUUGCAUAGUGAUGAACGUUAUGGAAGCCAUAUUGUAGCCAAAAAAAACAGGACAAAGUGGUUGUCUGCGCUUGGCCAGCUGCCAGAACCCGGCUGACAUCAGGGACUGGAAUUAGAAAAUAGUUCAGAGAGUGAUGAGAGUUAUGACAGACAGGCAACAGGCAUCUGUGGCAGAGCAGAUGGACAGAAGCAUGGAGUAUCUCUAAUUUGAAGUUCCUAAGAUGCUCCUGCCACAUUCAUCUCCUGGGUCUCCCUUUGGGUCGAAACAUGAUGAAUGUUGCCCAUCUCCUGUGUGAAUCCCACUACCAGAUCUGCAAAUUUCCAUUGCUUUGUUGAACCUCUGGAAUUUUUCAUUAAAGGACUUAUUGCGUGCAGAACCUCUGA